CCUACCGCGAACCACGUUCGACGUAUUAUCUCCCUGUCACACUUACGUACAAAUUUACAAGUGCGACAGAGUCAACACGUCGAACGUGGUUCGCGAUAGGCCCUCAGGAAUAUACUUAUUACACAUUUACACAGCUCUAAACUGGCAACAUUGCAAUUGAUAUGCCACUGUCAUGUCAAAAAUUGCUACAGCCACCACGAUCCGAUUUUUUUCAAUAUUUGAUUAGCCCAAUGUCUGUUGAGAAUUGGCUGGUUUCACCCUUUGCAAUAUUUUUAUUGAGUGUAUUAUAUAACUACUAUGAAGGAGCGAAAAAUGUCAGGACCUGCUGUGACACCGUCUUCUGAAUAUGCGAAUGCCUUUAGUUCUAUUAAUGAACGACCGGUGGAUGAUAUAUCCAUAGAAUUUUUCUAUAAACCUCAUACUAUAACCCUUUUGGCAGUGUCUAUUGCUUCGGUUAUUUAUACUGCGUUUGUCAGGGAUGAAUCAAGUAUUCAAGAAAACAUAUGGUCAGGAAUAUGUUGUGUUGUAUUUUUUUUCCUAAUAAUAUCAGUCCUUACAUUUCCAAAUGGGCCAUUUACAAGACCUCACCCUGCUUUGUGGAGGAUGGUGUUUGGCAUGUCCGUACUAUACCUGCUGGCUCUAUUGUUCUUAUUAUUCCAAAGUUAUUCUACAGUGAAUGAGAUAAUGUACUGGAUUGAUCCUAACCUACGUAAUUUUCACAUAGACAUGGACAAGGAGUAUGCUGUCAAUUGUUCGGAUAUUAGUUUUGCUAAGGUCUGGUCUCAUUGUGAUAUAUUUGCCUGGGGACAUUUCUUGGGAUGGACGUUUAAAGCUAUACUAUUCCGGCAUGCUGGCCUAUUGUGGGCAAUAUCUAUCAUGUGGGAAAUAACAGAAAUAGCUUUUGCGCAUUUGCUGCCAAAUUUUCUUGAAUGUUGGUGGGAUUCAGUGAUAUUGGAUGUAUUGGUCUGUAACGGUUUGGGCAUUUGGUGUGGCCUGAAGAUUUGUAAAGCUUUAGAAAUGAGAGAAUACAAGUGGGUCAGUAUAAGGGACAUUUCAUCUACUACUGGCAAGAUCAAAAGAGCAAUUCUUCAAUUCACCCCUGUCCAAUGGGCCCCAGUGCGAUGGCUGGACCCUACCUGCACCUACAUGAGGUUUUUCGCAUUGGCCCAACUUGUUGUCUUUUGGCAAAUAUCCGAAUUAAAUACAUUCUUCUUGAAACAUAUAUUCGAAAUGCCGCCGUCACACCCACUGGUCAGCGCCCGGCUGUGCCUCAUCGGGGUCAUUGUAGCUCCGUCUGUCAGGCAAUAUUACAUUUACGUAACAGAUCCCAAUUGCAAAAGAGUUGGAACCCAGUGCUGGGUGUACGGCGCCAUAAUGGUAACAGAAUCCAUGCUGUGUAUCAAAAAUGGAAAACAGCUGUUUGGUCAGGCACAGAUGUGUAACGUCAUUGUGUGGCUGAUCAUUCAAAUACUAGUCUCAGUAGGAUGUGUUUAUGGAGUCGUCGCCUACCAUCAAUAUUUUGCGCCCCGGAGAGGAUCAGCCUCCGAGAGCUCCCGGAAAGAUGAUUAAUGAUGGAUUGCUACACUACCCGAAGUGUUUACUAUAUGAAAAGAACAUUAUAUCGAAUUAAUUAGAUAUUAAUUAUGAUUAAGUAGCAAAUAAUAGAUAUAUUAUUUAUUCUAAGUAAAAAUGCGUCCGGAGAACGGAACAAUUUAGCUGUGACUACCCAAGUCUGAUGUAUGCUGAUUUUUUGAAUUGUCUUUAUUUUCAUAGGACUAUGAUCGUUUUGGUCUUUGCCACCGGAUUGCGUGAAAUAUCGGCGUAACAUUAAAAUUAUUGCAGAUAGUUAGUACCUGAUAUACUUACAGCGUUUUUGAGCUGAGGGCAUAUUAUGCAAGCUCAAUACAGACUGCACGACUCAUAUAGGGUGUUAAUUUAGUCAGCUGCAAUAAUUUACGGGUUGAAUAUAUAGGUCAUAAUGAGCAACUUCUACUAUGGGAUAUUUUGGCUGGCUCAUGCUGAUAUUUUGUAUGGGAGAGUCAAUGUUUUUUCGCGAUUUCGGGGUUGUUCCCAUAGUAAAAGUUGCGUAGUAAAUUUACACCCUGUAUUCAUGGGUUAUGGUAUUAUGCAGUAGAAUUUGAGAAAACGGUACCAUAAAAUAUACCCUCUAUAUUCCGUUACUGUUCCCGUAAGUCGAGCCUACCUCCUUCCCUUACGAAAAUAAACAUCACAUAUUACGAUGUUAGUGGAAGGUCUAAAAUCUAAAAAUGUUUCUAAUCCUUAUCCAUAGGUACAUACUCUUAAAUCUAUUUACAUAGUAAUUGUUGGCUUAAAAGCUGUAUAUAAAUUUAUAGAUAACUAGGUAGAUUAUCUGAAAACAAUACCAAAUCACUGCUAGUUGCUCAUUAUGGUUACUUUAUGUGUUGUGAUUAGUGAGAGUGUAAGUAUACUGUGUUAUAUUUAUUAUAUGUAAAGGCCGGUGUUCAUUUGAGAGCGAUACAGCAGCAUACCUACGUUAUAAAACAUAUCUGGCUUUAGACGAGUAAUAAUAAAUACUGCUAAUCUUAGAUGUCGCUUUUUGCUGCCGUCGACCAGGCGUCCGGUUUUUUAAAUGCCAUAGCCCAGUAUUUAGUCCGUCGCGCGUCGCUUUCACCCAAUAGCCUAGUACUCGUACAUUUUUUAUUCUAUCUCUAUCAACCCUAUAGUUUACACUCUGUCGUGGCGGGUGCUGCCUCUGCGUGUGCCUUAUGACAGAGGCAAGGGCAGCACCCGCUCGGUGUUUUUGCGGCGGUGGGUGGGCCAUAUGAGUUAUUACAUUUCAAGUCUUAAAAGGGAUUGUAUGUGUCGCUUCGGCUCCGCGAACGCCUCCCAAAUGUCCGGACCAUCAUUUUUCUGUGAACGGGAAAGACUGCUAAUGACGGGGAUUAGCAAUCUCUAAACGUGACUGCAGACUCGGCUCACUUACCUACCUAUAUUUUGUAUAGAGCUUACCGUCAUCUAGGAAUGCUUCUCUUGUUAGAGUUAUAAUAUUACGCUAUAUCCCAAUGCCACACUAAAUGGUACCCACUGAGACCGCUCGUAUGCUGUAAGUCCAGUUUCAAAACUUAGUUGAACGCACCUAAGUUUUGAACCUGGCAGCUUGAUUCAUUUUUACAUCGCUCGUAUGUUGCAAAUAAUAUAACUGUUGAGUGUUUGAACGAAGGACUGCACCGGGCUAAAGGAUAACUGACACUGAUAACAUACUUACAAGCCAAAGGUCGCACGGGUGGUCUCGCUGGAUACGUCGCGCCAGCCUGUGUGGCAAUUGGUAUGUUGACAUGAGAUUCGCUUGGUAUUUGGGCCAUGAGGUAUGUGUAGGUACUUUUAUGACGCUAUCAGGCAAUAGGUAUAAUCUAGUGCAUUUUGCCUGAAAACUGCAAAUUGUAUCAUAAUAUAGGUGUCUAAUAACACGUAAAUAUAAUUGUUGGUCACAGGCCCGUGGCUGGAAUCCGAUUUUGGAGUAAAUUUGUGUUUAACAUGCGUCUCGUUUGUACUUUUAAUCUAGUUUGAUCUUCCAUAAUGACUUCCGAGAAAGGACUUCUCGACGGGCCUGAUUAGUUAGUACCUAUCCCUAAUAUUUAAGGGCAGUUUACUUAUUCUUUUUGUUGUUAAAUGUCUAUAUUCUAUUCUAUUGUCAUUAUUAGGUACAUAGGUAGAUACAUUGUAAGCGACAGAGCGCAGCUAGCACGUUUCGAACCAGUUUGUGAAACGUAAUCUUUCAGCACUAGAAGUUUCUGCAAUACCUGUGAUAAACGUGUAGAUACCGUUUAUCACAGGUACCUAUCGCAGACAUAAGCCUUACUCUUUAGAUGACACUGCUGUCUGUGGAAGAUUUAUGGGACAGUCGGACCAAGCUAAACUGUACUCAGUGUGGACGUUGACGUAACGUGUGGCGUGUGUUAAUAAAUCCAAGAAGGUAUAACCCGUAUAACAAGCUCUUUAGCUUAGUCCGACUGUACCAUGAAUCUUCAAAGUGUUUAAAUAUACCAUAAACGUCAAAUUAGUGUGGAAACAUAACGGUAAUAAUAACAGUACUUUGUCGCAUCUAUAAUAAUAUUACACAUGUCCUAGAGGAUUUACGUAAUUUGGGGCAAUUCAUGGUUCUACAUACCCGCGUAUGGUCGAGGAAACAUUAUUUGCACCGAUGAAUAGGAUAAUAAAACAAUUAGCAGCCGAAGUACACUUGAACUAAACAAUCUCGAUCUCAGUUACUUUUCUACAUUUUAAUUUUUAAGAAUUCCUAGUGUUCCAACAUAUAAGUAACAACAACAAAUAAGAUUUAUGUACAUAAUAUACAUACCUACAUUUCAAACUAAAUACGAAAUAGUACAUUACGAUACAAGUGCAAAGCAGGGAAUUCGCAACCAGCAGCGGCGAUAAAUUAAAACACGAGGUUUUUUUUUAUGUAAUAGGCAUCAAACGAGCAGACGAGCCGCCUGAUGGGAAGCAGUCAUCGCCGCCCAUAAGCAACAUCGAGUUGCGAAUUACCUUUUCGCACGUGUAUUGUACAACGUUUUACAGUACAUAUGGCUGUUUAAAUUUUCGACAUACGCAUGUACAGUGCGAGUUACCGCACUAGGGCGGUAAAGUAGCACACCAUAUGUAGGUACUAUCAUAGUCAGGCUUCGGAGUAUUUUUAGCACGUUAAGAUUUAAGUGUGCUAUGGAGUCGUUGUUAACUUCAAAAUUAAAGUCAUACUCAUACGCAUCCUCAUUAAUUUAAUUCAUAAAAACUAUAAAAAAUACACCAGUAUCUUAAUUGACGAAUAACAAAUAAUAUGCAGGUAUUACAAUAACUCCACAGAACAAUCAAUAUCCACAGAACACGUAGCUACAGGAAUGAGUUUUUCAUAAUCUUCACGUUGCACACAUUCAUCAUUCCAGUUGUAAAAUGUGUAAAUAAGUGACACUUUUUCCAUGUUCUUUGGAGUGAAACAUGUUCUAUGUUGGUUAAAAAUCCACUUAUGAUUCGAAAAAGACCUUUCUACAUCGACUGAAGUUAAAGUAGCAUAUUUUAGAAGUUCCUCAAAUUGUUGUGAGCUUGCCAUUAGGGAUUGCAAAUAUUCGAAAGUUUCAGGUAUUCGAAUAUUCGAUUUUUUCUAACGAAAUAUUCGAAUAAAAUUCAAAUAAAAGAAAUAAGAAAAGAACGAGAAAUCGGUUUUAUUAUCAUUUUAUUCAAAAAACUAUUUGCACAUAUUGCAAAAACUAAUGAUAUUUUGCAGAAAUCCACUUAAUUGACUAGACUUUAUCAUCCUACUGAGAUGCCCACAUUUAUGAUAAUAAAAACGAGUCGAAACGCAAAAAUUAGACGUAUUCAAUAUUUCUAGAUAAAACUUUUAGUAUAAAUGUAUCGUUGUGUGAAUUAAUAUUAUUAUAACUAUAACCAUCCAAACACGUAAGAAAAAAACUGGAGUAGGUGAUUAUUUUCCGAUUUAAAUUUAAUAUUUACUUUUCGUCAGUCAGUUGGCUAUAAAAAAGCCUUUCCAUUGUAUUUUGAACCUAUUUCAGUCCGACACGGACAGUUGAGUGAUUUAGCAUCGAAAAAAGUGUUAGGCAAGGAUGUGUAGCGUCACCGGGGCUGUUUAAUCUACUCAUGGAGACUAGUUUGCAUUGCAUCAUUUGAGAAAUGAUGAAUGUGGGCUGAGAAUGAGUGGGUCAAAUGUCGUCUUUACGCUGAUGACCUUGUAUUGCUAGCGUCAUCGGGUGAAGAGUUGCAGGAGAUGGUAACUAAAAUGCAUGGGUCUAUUGAAAGGAAAGGAAUGAAAAGAAAUGUAUGCAAGACGAAAAUAAUGGUAUUUGGAAAGGAAGAAAAUAUGACAAACUGUGAAAUUUUGAUAGGUCAAGAAAGAGUGGAACAAGUGAAAGAGUUUGUUUAUCUGGGAACCUUGUUCACUAGGGACGGUAAGCAUGAUAACGACAUUGAAAGGAGAGUAAUUUCUGGAAAUAGUGUGAAUGGGGCACUUGACGCUUUUAUGAGCAGCCAGAAGGUGUCACAAAAAGCACGGUUGGAUGUGCAUAUAUUGGUGCCCACACUUAUGUAUGGUAGCAAAAGUUGGGUAUGGCAGAAGAGGCAUCAGAGCCAAGUGGAUGCAAUGGAAAUGAGAGUGUUGAGAAGUGUGUGUGGUGUGAGAUUACAAGAUAGAAUUAGGAACAGUGUGAUAAAGGAAACGUGUGGACUGAACGAAGAUGUAGUGACAAUAAUUUAAAAAGGUAUGUUGAGAUGGUUUCGAUACGUGGAAAUAAUGAGUGAAAGAAGCCUAGUAAAAAUAGUUUAUUUGAAAUCGAGUUAGGUUUAGCUGUAAUUUCACGAAACCUAUCGAGAGAGAAAAACAAUAAAAAUAUUAUUUCCUUCGCAUUUGGAUACCUACCGUUACCGUUCACUGUAAAAAAUACCCGGCAAAACACAUAAACGGUAAGAAUAGCGGAUGAUUGAUGUAUUUUGAGUAAUAAAAAAUAUUCGAAUAUCAAAACAGGUCGAAUAUUCGAAUUGCAAGCCCUACUUGCCAUCAUUCGUAUUUCAUGAAUAUCUGGGUUCAUUUCAAGAACUUUUUCUAAUUAAUCUUUAAUUGUCUCAGGGCCAAAACAUGUUAAAAUUGUGUAAUGUCGUCUAUUAUUUGAAACGCUUGCUUUAUUGGAAUACUAGUACACUAAUUUUAAAACAAUAACUUGAUAAAACUAAGCUAGUUUGGCAUGUUCAUAUCCAGCAAUGCGGUUUGAGCGUUUGCCAUUACGAUGGCUUCUUUUCUUGGAUAUUGAUUAUAUUUUUAUGAUGUAAAAUUUAAUUAUAUAUAUGUAAACAGUAUAACAUAUACCUAAGUAGUCAGAAUAUUUUAAAACUAUCCGGACGAAUUUAAUUAAUGAGGAUAAGUAUGAGUAUGACUUUCAUUUUAAUGUUAACAACGAGUCCAUUUAGACUCACUUUAGUCUUACCAUGCUAAAAAUACUCCGAAUCCUAGUAAUAUAGUACAGUGCGAAAAAUAGGAAAUAUGAAACGAAUGGCGAUAAAUAUAAAAUUUAUUUAAAUCGACACGAGUUGCGAAUUACCUAUUCGCACAUGUAUCGUACAACAUUUUACAGUACAUAUGGUCCUUUAAGUUUUUGACAUAGUUACGUAAUGUGCUAAUUAUCUCACUAGUGCGGUAAAGUAGCGCCAUAUGUACUGUAAUUUUUCGUUUACCUAACGUGUAGAUAUUAUCCCAGAAACAAAGUAUCAUAACUAAUACUAUAACUAAUUAUUCUCAUAUGGGUGGGACGUGCGGCAAAGCAUUUCACACCUCUCUUGUCCUUUUGUGUUCGUAAAGUACUAUUAUAACAUUUAUGACCAAUCUGUGCCAAUGAUAUUUCGUCCACUAUAUCUAUUAAAAUUUCCCACUAAGCAAUCUCGGAUAAAAUAAGCCAUAAUUUUGAUCUCUUUAUGCUAACAGACUUAGUUCAUAGAUUAUGAAGAAAAAAAACUAUGGGGCGCGCAGGAAUGGUACCUAAUUCUAUUAAUUUCACGCAGUCGUUCUUGCUGUGCUGGCAACGUGGUUCACGCGUCCGAGUUUCGAUCCGGAGGUAAUAGAGUCAGAAGGGCUGAGGCUGAGUAGUUGAGUCCGGCUAAGUGAACUUUAGACUUGACCAGAACAAAGUGUCAUUAUAAACGUCAUAUAUUUAUAGAAAUUCGACCUUCAUUAUCCCUUCAAGUGGAAUUUAACACGUGAAUCACGUAAUGAAUGGUCGGGUCGAAAAGCAGUAAAAUGGCGGCCCAUUACUCACGGGUCGAUGAGAACCAGUAAACUGACGGCCACCAGUGAGUGGUUAGUGAGGUGUUGCCGUAUUUAGAGGCAAAAUUGAACGUUUUUAAGCAUAGUUAUGCUCUUCUAGUGCCCAAAAGUAGUAGGUAGUGAGUUAGACAAGGGUAACGUACCUAACAACAGUAAGAAAAACAUUACUAUAUUAAAAACACGAAAUUUGUUGGUGAGGACCGUUCAUUCUAGUGCAGGGGUGGCCAACAGGUCGAUCGCGAUCGACCGGUCGAUCGCGACUGUUAGUCCAGUCGAUCGUGGCAAGGCAAAAAAUAUAAAUACGUAGACCAGUUUCACUUAAGGUUUCAAGAAGUAUGUAAUUGGUAGAUCGCACAGGGUUUCGUUAGUAAACAGGAGAUCUUGGGUCUAAUCAUGUUGGCCUCCUCUGUUCUAGAGCGACCACCUAGACAAUGUUCAGUCAUCAUUUUUAAGAGGUUGCUUUGUAAAAAUGAUUGUAAUUUGUAUCGUAGGUUCACUAGAAUUAAAUCGACCGGGAUAUGGACCGUGAUUACCUUUUAUAUUGUUUUCCUACUCCUCUACUGUUAUCUGUCAUUUAUGCACUCAUUAACACGAAUAUAAGAACAUACAUAAAAGGUUUCAAGAAAAGUCUAUAUUGUCUAUUCCUCAUAACAGCUCUUGUGCUUUAAUCGCUAUAACGUUACUGCGAUUAAUGGCUACCAACCUAACAAAAUCAAAACGAAUACAGUUUUAAACUAAGCAUUGCUGCCAACUUACAAAAUAUUCAUUUGGUUGCAUAGUAAAAACAAUCACUUCAUAAGUCAGAAACACGCAUGUGACACCCGUAAUAUAGCAACACCCAUAGAUUACGAAGACCGCUUAGCGUUGCUUGUUAGUCUCCGUAGGCUACGGUGGCCAAAAUCGAGGAAAAACUGUCCAAAAAUUUAAUUUAGCAAGUACCAGGGCCUCAUGAGUUACGAGAAGGUGUCGCCGACCGGCCGGCCGCGGCCCGCGGCGGGCCGGGCGCGUAACAAGGUGUGCUCGCGCGUCUUGGCUGUAUACUUUUGCUUAGUUUGCCAAAAUUAAGAUUUAUUUUUGUUGACUCGUAGGAAAAGUAUUGUAUGCAACGUUGUAUAAGUAGGUCAAAAAAUGCUCGUGGCGUAUUCCUUUACAAUGUUCGCCUACGCCUUCGGCUCCGGCUCACAUUGUAACUCACGCCACUCGCCUUUUUUGACCCUUCUUAUACAACUUCUUCUUCCUCGCGUUGUCCCGGCAUUUUGCCUCGGCUCAUGGGAGCCUGGGGUCCGCUUGACAACUAAUCCCAAGAUUUGGCGUAGGCACUAGUUUUUACGAAAGCGACUGCCAUCUGACCUUCCAGCCCAGAGGGUAAACUAGGCCUUGUUGGGAUUAGUCCGGUUUCCUCACGAUGUUUUCCUUCACCGAAAAGCGACUGGCAAAUAUCAAAUGAUAUUUCGUACAUAAGUUCCGAAAAACUCAUUGGUACGAGCCGGGGUUUGAACCCGCGACCUCCGGAUUGCAAGUCGCACGCUCUUACCACUAGGCCACCAGCGCUCCUAACUGUUGCAUAAAAUACUAUUUUGAGCUCCCGAUAUUUCGACGCACUCACAUGCACCUUGUUCACGGGUAACUGGAGAUAGCGGGUGGGUCAAAGUAUAAAAGGUAAUCAUCAGGCUUCGAAGUACUUUUAGCAUGGUAAGACUAAAGUGAGCUAUGGAGUCGUUGUUAAAAUUAAAAUGAAAGACAUACUCAUCCUCAUUUAUUAAAUGCGUUCGGAUCGUUUUAAAAUAUUCGUAUAUGUUAUAUGAAUAUUUAUAACGACCAUUAUAGGUAUAUGUUAUACUGUUUACAUAUAUGUAAUUAAAUGUUACAUUAUAAAAAUAUAAUCAAUAUCCAAGAAAAGAAGCCAUCGUAAUAGCAAACGCUCAAACCGCAUUGCUGGAUAUGAACAUGCCAAACUAGCAUAGUUUUAUUAAAGGCAAUUAUUAAGUUAUUGUUUUAAAAUUACAGUGUACUAGUAUUCCAAUAAAGCAAGCGUUUCAAAUAAUAGGCGACAUUACACUACUGAGACAAUUAAAGAUAAAUUAGAAAAAGUUCUUGAAAGGAAGCCAGAUAUUAAUGAAAUACGAAUGAUGGCAAGCUCACAACUAUUUGAGGAACUUCUAAAACAUGCAACUUUACCUUCAGUCGAUGUAGAAAGGUCUUUUUCGAAUCAUAAGUGGGUUUUUAACCAACAUAGAACAUGUUUCACUCCAAAGAACAUGGAAAGUGUCAAUUAUUUACACAUUUUACAACUGGAAUGAUGAACGUGUACACGUCAUACCACGUGAAGAUUAUGAAGAACUCAUUCCUUUAGCUACAUGUUCUAUGGAUGUAUUGUAGUACCUGCAUAUUAUUUGUUAUUCGUCAAUUAAGAUGGUGGUGUAUUUUUUUAUAGUUAUUAUUUAUUUUAUGAAUUAAAUGAAUGAGGAUGAGUAUGACUUUAAUUUUAAAGUUGACAACGACUACAUAGCACACUUUAAUCUUACCGUGCUAAAAAUACUCCGAAGCCUGGAAUCAUGGUCCAUGAAAUAGUACGCAUUACGAUACAAGUGCCAAAAAUAGGAAAUUCAAAACGAGUGGCGAUAAAUUCAAACACGACCGAAGGGAGUGUUUUAAAUCGACACGAGUUGCGAAUUACCUAUUCGCACAUGUAUCGUAAUGCACUAUUCCAACAAACUUAUGGCCUUUACAGUACACAUACACAUACAGUACAUAUGGCCCUUUAAAUGUUCGACACAGUAACGUAAUAUGCUAAUUUUCGCAGUAGCACCAUAUGUACUGUAAUAGUUAAUUACGAUACAAGUGCAGAAAAUAGGAAAUUCGCACGUGUAUCGUACGUUUUUUUACAGUACAUAGGUCUUUAAAGUUUCGACAUAUCGGAAAGUGCUCAUUUCCGAACGUGUGCGGGAAAGUAGCACCAUAUGUACUGGAAAGGUUCUUUUAAUAAUUUUAACAUAUUGCCUUAAAAUAACGCCUUUAGGGCCUACGCUAGCUGACGCGGGUGCACGGAGCGGACGAGCGGGUUAACGAAAAAUAGUAUGAGCAACGCUAACCGAAGCGGACGCGUGCGGCGGAUUUCACCUACAAAUAGCACCCGCGUGCGUGCGCACGCGGCGGGCGUCCGCAUCAGCUAGCGUAGGCCCUUACAAGGCGUAUGCCCAUUUGUUUCCCUUCCCAACUGCAACAGAGCCACAGAUGGGAGCGAUUCAUUUAUAUUUGAAGAGGAGUUUCUGCUUGUACAAUUGUACCUACCGCCCUAAAAUGAAAUGAAUGACUUUGUAAACUUCAAAUAGGUAAUUGCAACGUAGGUAACUAUACUUUUUAUGCAACCACUGAAACAAUUUGAUACUUAAAGGGUGCGCUGUGCUUAUUGUUUUUGUUUCUCGUAUUGUUACAAGACGGAAGCAGAAUACACAAUAUGUGGAAUUA